AUGCUAGGUCCAGUUACAAUUUCAAGACCUCUCUUGAAGGGAUCUCGAUUGGCGAGAACCUCCACAUUAUUACGAUUACUAUCGUCCGCACCACCAUCCUCCCCUGAUUCUCCGACCACUACCCAUUUUGGUUCCAAGACAGUCCCCACUACUGAGAAGGAGAAAAUGGUAGGUCAUGUGUUUUCAUCAGUUGCUUCCAAGUACGAUAUUAUGAAUGACGUUAUGUCAUUGGGGAUCCACAGGUUAUGGAAACACCAUUUCAUUAAUAAAUUGGAUCCGGGAAUGAGACGUAAUUCAAAGCAACCUUUAGAAUUUAUUGAUGUGGCUGGUGGCUCUGGUGAUAUUGCCUUUGGUAUUCUGGAUUACGCUAAUGAAAUCCACCAGGAUAGAGUAUCCAAGAUGGAUAUAGUAGAUAUCAACGCUGAUAUGUUGAAAGAGGGUGAAAAGAGAGCUUAUGAGUUGGGUAGAUAUUAUCAGGACCCAAGAGUCAGAUUUAUGGUCCAGAAUGGUGAAAAAUUAGAAAAGAUUGAAUCGAAUUCCAAGGAUAUAUACACUGUCUCUUUUGGUAUUAGAAACUUCACCAAUAUUCAAGCUGGUUUAAAUACCGCCUAUAGAGUAUUGAAACCUGGUGGGUUAUUUUAUUGUCUAGAGUUCUCUAAAAUUGACAAUCAGUUAAUGGAUUGGGGGUACCAACAAUGGGCUAAAGUAUUACCUGUGAUGGGAUCUGUAAUUGCUGACGAUUUCGAUUCUUAUCAAUAUCUAGUGGAAUCAAUUGAAAGAUUCCCCGAUCAAGAAACUUUCAAAUCUAUGAUCGAAAAGGCUGGAUUCAAGUCUGUGGGUUACGAAAAUCUAACAUCUGGUGUAUGUGCUAUCCAUUGGGGGGUAAAAGUCUAA